AUGGCUGGCUUCCUACGCAGCAAGCAGGCGGGCAUCCAGAAUGACCUGUCUGCGAGCAUCCGGCCUGAGCUCUUCACGCCCGACGACCAGGCUCGCUAUGGCAUAAACUCCCAAAUCAGCUGCUUUGGCUACGACCCGAUCCAGUCGCUCCUCGCCAUCGGGACCAGCGAGAGCAAGUUUGGCCCCGGCAGGAUCUAUCUCUUCGGCCAGCGCCGCGUUCAUAAGGUCCUGGAACCGCCCCGGGCGACGUCGUUCCAGGCCGUCCAGUUUAGCGCAAAUCGCGUCAUCAGCCUCGACACCAAGAAUGAGGUGGGCGUCUGGGACCCCGAUACGGGCGCGCGCGUGGCAGCGCAGGUCGUCGCCGGACACGUCGUGGCCAUGGUGACAGACCCCAUGCUCGACUGGGCCUUUCUCGGUCUUCAGAAUGGCGAUGUUCUGGCCUACGACCUCGAUCGGAGGAGCCUGGCGCGCGAGUUUCGAUUGCCCAAUUUCUGGAAGGAAAAGGACCCCGACGCCCGAGCCGCAACCGUCGUCUGCAUGUCGAUGCACCCGCGCGAUGUCGGCAAGAUGGUCAUCGGAUACACCCACGGCGCCGUCGUCUACUCGUUCAAGCAGAACCGCCCUGUCCAGUUCCUCGAAUACCGCCUGCCCCCCGGCGCCCCCGGUGGAAACAGCGCAGGCGUCGACACGAUGCGACGGCCGCGACUGACGCACGCUCUCUGGCACCCCUCGGGGACCUUUGUCGUCACCGCGCACGAAGACGGGAGCUUGGUCUUGUGGGAUCCCAAGGAGGAAAAGGUCAUCACCGCGAGGACACUCAACGACAUGGGAGUCGACAAGCCCGCGCCCAAUGCGGCCCAUUUGACUUCUACCGAGCCCUUUACCAAGAUUGCCUGGUGUUGCAAGGAAAACUGCGACGACACGGGCUUGCUCGUCGCCGGCGGGCAGAGCUUGGAUACAUCCCCCAAGAGCAUGACGUUUAUCGAGCUCGGACUGACGCCCACGUAUGCCACGUCUUCGUGGCAAGCCCUGGCCGAUUACUUUGGCGGAAAGCGACAGCUCACUCUCCCGCUGCCCCAAGGCGCCCAAGUCGUCGACUUUCUGCCCAUCCCCCGUGCGUCCCCUCACUUUGCCGGCGCGCAGGACCCCAUUGCAACCAUCAGUCUCUUGUCAUCUGGGGAGCUCAUCACGAUGAGCUUUCCCUCCGGCUACCCCAUCAGCCCUACAAACCAGCUGCACCCCUCUACCUUUUUCGUCCAUCCCUUUGUUACUAAAUUCAGCGUCUCGAGCCUCGAGCGGCCCCGUUGGCUGAGUAUGAUGGAGAAGCGCGAUCAGGGGGAGCUUCUGCUCAAAGGCGGUGCAGAGGGAGCGAGGCCCCGGAAGAGAUUUGAGGAAAGGACGAUUAUUCAGGCCGCCCAUGCCGACAGCACGAUUCGCAUCUGGGACUCGGGUCACGACGACGACAUUGAAAACGGGCAGGUACUGCAGGUCGACAUGGCGCGGGCGCUCGAUCGGUACGAGGACGUCGAAAUCACUGUCAUGAGCAUGGCCGGCACCACCGGAGAGUUUGUCGUCGGAACGCGGACGGGCGAGGCGGCCGUCUUUCGCUGGGGCAGCAACAGGUUCUACGGGCGAGACCAGCCGCAGCAGCUGGACCCGAACCCCAAGGGCUUGACGGACAUAAGCUCGCGCGCAGAGCCGACACUCAAGGAGGGCCUGCAGCCGUUUGUGCUCUACGAGAUGAUGCAGGGUCCGAUUACGGCCGCCCAAGUGUCCAACGUGGGCUUCGUCGCGGUUGGGUCCGAGCUGGGGUUUCUGACCAUUAUGGAUCUCCGAGGCCCACGCAUCAUCUACCAAGCUGCCAUGACAGACUUUGCAAAGCAGGAGAAGCGCAGCUCGUUUCUCAGAGGCCACCACCAUUCGGGCAGCGCUGGCCCGCAAAAAGAGUGGCCGGUGGUGAUUGAGUUUGGGGCCAUGACGCUCGACGAGGACAAGUACUCGAGCAUCUGCUGUUUCGUGGGGACAAAUCUCGGCAAGGUGAUUACGUUUAAGCUUCUCCCCGCGGCCGACGGGACCUACUCUGCACAGGUGGCCGGGGUUGUGGCGUUUGAUGGCAAAAUCAUAUCGCUGUCGCCCAUCGAGGCGGAGACGGGGAGGCCGGCGCUGGUGACGGGCUCGAUCGUAGCCGGGUUGCGCGAGGGACGCCAGAUCAACGGCGCUCUCGUGGCUGUCACACAGACCGAAAUCCGAGUGUUUAGGCCAGCCAACGCGAAGGGAGCGUCCAGGGAGUUUGACGACAUCCUCUGCGAUGCCGCGAGCGUGGCGGAGCUCGAGCUGCAGGGCUUUGCCAUUGUUGCCCUCUUCGGGGACCGGACGGCUCGUGCCUUUUCGAUCCCCGCGUUGAAGGAGAUUGGCAAGGCCAGUUUGCCCAUGUUGGACGCCAGUCGCGGCACGUCGGCCGUGGUGACGCCAACGGGCGACGUCUUUGCCUGGACCGGGCCGAGCGAGCUGGCGGUUAUUCACGUCUGGGGCUCGGGGAAAUCACUGCAACAAUCACCAGACACUUUGGUCAACCCGCAGCUCGAGUGCCCACCGCGACCGACCAUUUCGAAUCUCCAGUGGAUCUCGGGCACUCAGCAUGUGUCGCCGCUCGACCUCGACCUCCUUGUCGGCGGGCCGGAUAGACCACCGAGCAAGCGCAUGCUCGAGGCGGCCUCGGCCGAGCAGCGAGCGGCAAGGGCCGGGGGCGGGCCUGCGGCGGCGGCGGGAGCGGUGGCGGGAGCGGCGGCGGCGGGCCAGGAGAGCUGGGGACAGUAUCUCACGCGGCAGCUCAACGAGCGGACAGAGAAGCUCAACAUGAUGGGUGACGGGAUGGAUAACCUGCAGCAGCAGAGCCAGGGGUGGGCGGAUGAUGUGAACAAGUUUAUGAAUAAGCAGAAGCGGAAUGUGGUGAUGGGGGGACUGAAGAGCAAGUUCUUUUGA